AUGAAGUUAUGGAAGUGUGCCGCCAUUGCCUUGACACUCUGCGGUGCAGCACUCUCCGUUCUCCGCACUAGAAUGGCUCCAGCCAGGACCGGCCACCUCCUCUCCAGGGACUCCUCCUCGCCGAGGUCCCCCUCGCCCACCACCUUCAAUGCCUCCGUGUCCUUGGACAGUGAGCAACGGCGCAGGCGCAGGUCGACGGAAGGAGCCAACUCAGUGCUUUCAGAGGUCAUGGACAUGUUCCAGAGCUUCACAGAGGGAGAACUCAAGCAAGUUAUCGGGGCCCUGGUGGAACGGAAGGCCCGGCGCGACGCCAGCGAGAGCAAAAGGACAAAGCGCGCCCGGAAGGGGACUCGCUGCUCGCUGCAGAACCGGGAGGUGACCGUGAGUCAGCUGGAGCUGGGCUACGAGAGCGACGAGAUCGUCCUCUUCAGCUACUGCAGCGGCAAGUGCUCGGCCAGCCGCCGCAACUACGACAUCACGCUGGCCUCCAUGAAGGAGCGGCUGCGCCACCGGCGGGAGAAGGUCCGCCACAACCCCUGCUGCCGGCCCACCUCCUAUGAGGAGGACUUUGCAUUCCUGGACAACCACAACAAAUACCAGACCAUCAAGGAGUGGUCGGCCAGUAAGUGUGGCUGUGUGUAACCCAACUCCCCCCAGAGGCCGCAACUCAACCCCCAUCUGAUACUGUAUCAUUCCUUCUGACAUACCAGAGGACGGACUGAAACAGCGAGAGGGGGAAGCAUCUGAAGAGAACACUGUACAGUAUAUUUGAAACCAUUCACUCUCCUGGUCUUCUAAAGACAAAAAAAAAAA